UAUCCUGCACAAUCCGUUUGCUUUUCCUAUCACUCUCCUCGCGGGUCUCCAAUGGACUCAGCUUCACGUCAGCAACAAUCCCAGACGAACCAUGGCGUUGAGCUUGUCAUCGCACCAACGUUUCGCUUGUCCGACGAUGAGGAAGACGAAGAAGCCAGGGAGCUCCUGCUGGACGUGGGCGGGCUACUCGCCGGCGGCGGAGCUGCUGGGGCGGCGGCGCCGGCAGCGGCUGGUCCCCCCAAGAUACGGGUGCGCGAGCUGAGGCGGCAGGCGGCGGGCGGCCAGGAGAUCCUGCGCGGCGUCGACCUGGACGUGCCGCGCGGCGUGGUGAUGGGCGUCAUCGGGCCCAGCGGCAGCGGCAAGUCCACGCUGCUCCGCGCGCUCAACCGCCUCUGGGAGCCCGCGCCCGGCGCCGUGCUCCUCGACGGCGCCGACAUCUGCGGCCUCGACGUCCGCACGCUCCGGCGAAGGGUCGGCAUGCUCUUCCAGCAACCUGCCAUGUUCGAAGGAACCGUGGCGUACAACGUGCGCUAUGGGCCAAAGCUGCGUGGCAAGGAGCUCACCGAAGCCGAAGUGCAGAAUCUGCUGAACCUGGCCGACCUGGAUCCUGCCAUGUCCUCCAAGCCGGCCACCGAGCUGUCCGUCGGCCAGGCGCAGCGCGUCGCCUUGGCACGCACGCUCGCCAACGAACCCGAGGUGCUCCUGUUGGAUGAACCGACGAGCGCGCUGGACCCCAUAUCCACACAGAACAUCGAGGACACCAUUGUGCGGCUGAACAAGACGAGGGGGCUCACCGCUGUGAUCGUCUCCCACAGCGUGAAGCAGAUCCAGCGCAUCGCGGACCUGGUGUGCCUCCUUGUCGCCGGCGAAAUCGUGGAGGUUCUUCCACCGUCCGAGCUGUCUAGUGCCAAGCAUCCGAUGGCACGGCGCUUCCUCGAGCUUAGCUAGCUAAAGUAACUUGGCAGGUGGGUGCACUCUCUAAUUGCUCAUUUGGACAUAUCAACUUAGCAGGUGAGUGCAUGUAGGUAUAUCAUCAUCUUUCCUAGAUCCUCAAGUCCCUAGCCUAGCCACAUAACAUCCCCAAACUGCGUCUCUUCACAUAAUCGAACAACCCUCGAAAUAAAUGCCUCUGCAUGCAUCCACGCCCCACACAUGUCAUUGUUUUGAGGAUGGAGUGGGGCACUAGCACACAACAGAGAGCAAGUCAUGGUACAGGGUGCAUGAAACGUUCACAUACUGUCGCGCGACGCACUCCAUCCUAUAGGUGUCUGCAUGUUCU